GAAAAGGCUUUUGACCGAGUCAAUCACCGUUACCUCUUUGAGGUGUUACGGAGUUUUGGAUUUGGACAGAAGUUCAUUCGUUGGAUAAGGCUAAUGUACACCGGUGCCACUUUUCGAAUAUAAUAUUCAUUGAAAGCUUGUGAGAGAGUAUGUUUGUUGUUUCGUGAAUUCAUUCUGCUGCACUUUUUUAACUCUUAUGUCUUUCUUUAUUUGUAGCUUAACGAUUUUGAAAUUAGACCGGGAAUACUAUUAAAAGCUAAACUUAACGUUCCACAUUUACCGAUCCAAUCACAAGACUCAGAACAUGGCAUGGAUUCGCUUAAUGAUAGUCUUCAUUUUAUUGAAAAUAAUGGAAGUAAAUGA